AUUGAAUAAAACCAUAUAUAACUAUUCUUUUGAGUUUGAUUUGAUCAAGUGGGAGGCAACCUUCUUGUUGUUUGUAGGAGACAUUCUUCUCCAUCACUACUAAAAGUUUUCUUCAGAUUGUUUCUUCGUGCACCAUCAACUACGGGAAAUCUUCUGAUUUGGCUUCAUGAGAUGUCUUCUCCAGAGCAACCAAGAGGGCAGAACACAAGGAUGAGGAAGAUGACAGCGAGUGCAAAUGGGGAUACCGAUGAAACUUCAGGCUUAACAACUCCCCGGAGCUGUGAAGUACCGCUGUGUUCUUCAUAUGAAAAUGGUAUCACCCGUAUCCCUGAAGAAACUCGGUUGCGCGACCCAGAGGCUUACCAUCCUAAGGCUGUCUGCAUCGGUCCCUACUUCCAUUCAGGGAGAAAUUCACCAAGCUUCAGGCGAAUGGAACAACAUAAGCACUGGUGUGUCAACAGAUUGCUGGAGCGUAGCAACCACAGCCUUGAACCUUUGGUUCAGGCCUUCCUGCUUAGACUGUCAAAGACAAUCAAAACAAAGUCUUUCCAGCAGCUAUACGCAAAACCAGUUGAUAUGACAGAGGAGGGAAUCGGCAUGAUGCUGCUGUUUGACGGCUGCUUCAUUCUGCAUUUCUUGCUGAGGCAUGACCCGAACAAAGGUGCGGAGCAUGAAUACUGGACAAAGCUGGAUGCUGGGCUUCUCGAUCAUGAGUACGAGACACUCCAGUGGGAGAGACCCUGGGAAUGGAGCCUGGUCGCCAUCGACAUGCUCCUGCUAGAGAACCAAAUACCUUUCGUCGCUGUCAGGAUCCUGUUUGACAUUCUGAAGACGGAGCAUGACAAAGCUGUUGACCUGACGGCAUGCGCGAGGAACAUGUUCAACAAGUACCUGCCAGCUGGAAUGUGCACAUCAACACGCCCAAUCCGCUGCCAGGACGUGCGCUGCCUUCUGCAGCUGCUCUACCGGUCACUCCUUCCAAAUCCAAAGCUACACAGUGAUCUGAUGAAGACACCACCAAAGCCACCAAGAACCGGCAUUGAUCCUGCCAAGAAGCUUGACACCGAUGGGGUUCGCAUCACCAGGAGGCAGCAAUGGUAUUGGUGGCCGUUGAGCCAUUUCCAGGAGCCCUUCACCUUCCUUGACAUCGUCUUCAGCCAUGGCAAGGUGCGGAUCCCUCAGCUGGAGGUCAGCGAUGCCAGCAUCCAGCUGCUGCAGAACCUGAUCGCGUUCGAGAAAUGCUACCAGGGCACCACGUCCCAUGUGGCCAACUACGCUGCCUUCAUGGACGCUCUGAAUUCGGAUCACCAUGACACGGAAUUGCUGCGUAAGAGGAGUAUCUUCGACGUCCAGUUCACCCCUGCCCAGCCUGAGCUCUCCCUGAGAAGGCGGUGCAAGCAGGACGUCGAUCCGUCGUCGGAGAACUACCUCAGCCGGAUGAUGGUGGACGUAGUCCUGUACAAGGAGGCGAGGGCCAGCAGGAAGAAGACGCAGACGCCGAUAUCGGACACCGCGUUCUUCGCGGUGCUGGCUGUGACGGCGUAUGUUUUGCUGGCCUUCUGUUGGUACAUCGUUUCUUGAUGAUACUAUGAAAGUGGAUGGUGGUUUUCUAACUUUUGCUGUUGUUACGUUCUGUUGGCUGUUAAGCGGGUCCUUUGCUCCUUCACGAAACAAGAUAGUACCAAUGUUGUGCGAAAUUGUGGAUUGUCACGCAUCUGUUGAAGAGGACUUGAUUGGAGGUGGAGGGACAGAGAAUCUGCACAGUUUCGCUGUGUUAUCUUUGUAAACAGAAAGAGGAUGUUUCAGAGAUUUCAGUAUGGUGUAGCCUUUGCCAAUCUGACUCCACAAUGGGUCAUUUGGGAUCAGUAAGGUCCUUUGGGGAAAGCACCAGUGGUGUAUGAUGGAUGGUGUAUGACUCCAACCAUUAAAAUAUUUAACCUUGGUUUCUAUAGAUAUUACAUACAUGUAAACAUGCUUUCAAUAAAAAAAAAAUAGCAAGUUUAA